CUCAUCCGAUCGAAACGGAGAGCUCGUAUGCUCGCGAGGUUGAUCCGCGCGUGCCGUCCCGAAACCGAGCUUUGGUAAUCGAAAACCCCAGCAAAGUUCCAAGCUUUGGAUCGAUAGGAGGAGCAAGGACGAGCGAGAAGAGGAGACGGAGCUCCGAUCCGAGGGACGGAGAUGGCUCAGAAGCAGCAGCUGAGAGAGCUUGGAUCGAAGCUGGAUAGCCCUCCCGCUUCCAAAGAUGCGCUGAUUAAACUCUUAAAGCAAGCUGCAAAGUAUCUCUCUGAGUUGGAUCAAUCACAAUGGUCUUCGAUGUCAGAUUUCAUGAAGCCUUUUCUCAAUGCUGUGGCAAAGAAAGAGUAUCUGAAUCAUCAAGAUAGGGAUGUUAAAGUUCUUGUAGCAACAUGCAUCUGUGAGAUCACCCGGAUAACUGCACCUGAAGCUCCAUACAGUGAUGAUGUUCUAAAGGACAUAUUUAAUCUGAUUGUGGGCACACUUAGUGGCCUAAGCGAUAUUAACAGCCCAUCAUUCGGGAGGAGAGUUCUUAUCUUGGAGACACUUGCGAGAUAUAGGUCAUGUGUUGUGAUGUUGGAUCUUGAGUGUCAUGAUCUCAUAAAUGAAAUGUUCAACACUUUUUUUGCUGUUGUAAGUGAUGAUCAUCCAGAAAAUGUUCUUACAUCAAUGCAAACAAUCAUGGUCCUUAUUUUAGAGGAGAGUGAGGAUAUUCAGGAGAAUCUCUUAAAUACCAUACUGUCUGUUUUGGGCCGGAAAAGAAAAGACAUUUCUAUGGCUGCUCGGAAGCUUUCAAUGAAAGUUAUAGAACUAUGUACUGUGAAACUUGAGCCUGGCAUAAAGCAGUUUCUUGUUUCUGCUCUGUCCGGAGAUAGCAGUUAUUUGAAGACUCAAAUUGAAUAUCAUGAAGUGAUAUAUGAUCUAUAUCAAUGUGCGCCCAAGAUUCUCCACAGCAUUAUCCCAUAUCUCACAGGAGAGUUAUUGACAGAUAAGUUAGAUAUUCGGCAAAAGGCAGUCAAUUUACUUGGAGACUUGUUUGCUUUACCGGGGUGUCCAAUCUCUGAACCCUUUCAGCCACUCUUCUCUGAGUUUUUGAAGAGAUUGACUGAUAGGGUGGUUGAUGUUCGCGUUUCUGUCAUUGAACAUGUGAAGAACUGUUUGCUGUCAAAUCCGUCCAGACCUGAAGCAUCUCAGAUUAUUAGUGCACUAUCGGAUCGGCUGAUGGACUAUGAUGAAAAUGUCAGGAAACAUGUUGUUGCUGCCAUCUGUGAUGUGGCAUGUCAUUCAUUGAAAGGUUUUCCAACCGAGACUGUGAAGCUUGUUGCAGAUCGCCUCCGAGAUAAAUCUCUCGCUGUCAAAGGCUAUGCCAUGGAGCGAUUAGCAGAGCUGUACAAGCUUUAUUGUUUGAAGAGUGUUGAUGAUUCAAUAAGUCGUGAUGGAUUUGAGUGGAUACCAGGGAAAAUAGUCAGAUGUUUGUAUGACAAAGAUUUGAGAUCUGAAACGAUUGAACAAAUUUUGUGUGGAUCUUUGUUCCCACCUGAGAUGGCCACUAAAGACAUGGUGGAACAUUGGACAGCAGUUUUCUCAGGGCUUGAUAAAGUUGAGGUGAAAGCUUUGGACCAACUUCUCAUGCAGAAGCAAAGGUUACAGCAAGAGUUGCAGAGUUAUCUCUCUCUUAGGCAAAGAUAUCAGGAAGGUGGCACUGUUGAUAUCCAAAAGAAAAUUUCUGCUUGCAUCCGAAGCAUGUCUCGCCUGUUUAAUGAUCCUGUGAAAGCGGAGGAGAGCUUUCAGAUUCUAAAUCAAUUGAAGGAUAUGAAUAUCUGGAAACUCCUGAAAACCCUACUUGACCCUUGCACUACUUUCCGUCAUGCAUGGACUGUUCGGGAUGACCUGCUGAAGAUCCUUGGGGAAAAACAUCCGUUGUAUGAUUUUAUGGGUAUUCUUUCCAUAAAAUGCUCCUAUCUGUUUUUCAAUCAGGAGUAUGUCAAGGAGAUUUUGUCAAUGGCUUCUCAACAAAAUUCUAGUGGAAAUAGAAAACUUCUAGCAUCAUCUAUGAAUCUGCUUGCGAUGAUAGGUUGUUUUUCUCCCCUGCUUUUAGCUGGGUCUGAGGAAGCUCUUGUUAAUCUUCUGAAAGAGGACAAUGAUAUCACUAAAGAAGGUAUUGCUCAUGUUCUAGCAAAGGCUGGUGGAACCAUACGGGAGAAUCUGGGUUCAACUUCCAGUGCUGUUGAUCUACUUUUAGAAAGGCUCUGUUUGGAGGGUAGCCGAAAGCAAGCAAAGUAUUCUGUACAGGCCCUGGCAGCAAUAACACAAGAUGAUGGGCUUAAGUCAUUAUCAGUACUAUACAAGAGGCUGGUUGAUAGCUUGGAGGAAAAAACUCACUUGCCAUCCAUAUUACAAUCUCUGGGAUGUAUAGCCCAAACUGCAAUGCCUGUGUUUGAAACCAGGGAAGAUGAGAUCAUAGAGUAUAUUAGGAGCAAGAUUUUGGAGCAAAGUAAUGUAAUUACUGCAGGGUCAAAAGACAAACCUGAUUGGAAUGAAAUUGGCGAAAUUUGUCUAUUAAAGAUUUUUAGCAUUAAGACUUUGGUGAAAAGCUAUCUACCCCACAAAGAUGCUCAUUUGAGGCCAGGCAUUGAAAAACUUCUAGAAAUCCUGAAGAAUAUUCUUGCUUUUGGAGAAGUUUCAAAGGAUAUAAAAUCGAAUGAUGUGGAUAAGGCCCAUAUGAGGCUUGCUUCAGCCAAAGCUGUUCUGCGUUUGUCAAGGCAGUGGGAACAUAAAAUACCUGUUGAUGUCUUCUAUCUCACAUUAAGCAUUUCAGAGGAUCCAUAUACUGAAUCUAGGAGAAUAUUCUUCAGCAAAGUCAAUCAAUAUAUCAAGGAGAGGCACCUAGAUCCCAAGUAUGCUUGUGCCUUCCUUCUUAAUAUGACUGAAUGGAACUCUACUGAGGUUAAAGAGGUCAAACACAAUCUACUGGAACUUAUUCAAAUAUGUCGUCAAGUUAAGGCACGUCAACUUUCGAGGCAAACUGAUGUGAGCUCAGUACUGCCCUAUCCAGAACAUAUCCUGGUGUAUUUAGUUCAUGCUCUUGUGCAUCAUCCGUCAUUUCCAAACAUGAACGAUUGCAAAGAAAUUCAUGCCUUUGAUCAUAUUUAUCGACGGUUGCAUUUAUUUCUUUCUGUGCUGUUGCUUGGAGAUGAAAGUGGGAAGUCUGGUGGUGGUAAUGUUAACCAGAAAAAAGAAAGCACUACUGCAGUGACCACUAUCUUUCACAGUAUCAAGUGCUCAGAAGAUGUUGUUGAUCCAGAAAAAUCAAAAGUGUCACAUGUUUUAUGUGAGCUUGGCCUAUCAAUUGUGAAGAGUUUAAUUCAUGACGAGAUGGUUACUUCUGAAACAAGUACAAUUUCCUUGCCACCUUCUCUUUAUAAGCUUUCUGAGAGCAAUGGUGAAACCUCUUUGGAUGACAAGGAAUUUGAAUGGUUAUAUGGUGCUAGCGCCAUGGCCCAUUAUGAGGCACUAAAUACUCCUAAUAAGGAACAGGCAGGGUCAGAUUCUGGCAAGAAUGAAAUGGCCUUAGAAGAUAGCGAUAGAGAAGGAAAUGAAUUACCUCUAAGCAAAAUGAUGAAAAUUCUCAAAUCUCAGGGCAGCAAGAAAAAGAAAAUAGUGAAAAAGAACACUUUGACUCCUGAUACAAAACUUCCAGAAAGUGAAUUUGAUGUCUUGGGAAUGGUUAGAGAAAUAAAUUUGGACAGUCGGGAACAAGCACGGACCAUGGAAACAGAAGAUUUAACUAGCCCUGAAUAUUAUAACUGUGGACCAAAGUCAACAAAAAACAAAGACAAGGUGGUUCUAUCGCCUCAGAAAAGGAAAGGAAAUAAGGCUGUCAUUGCAUUGUCUGUCCCAACUCCAAAACGCAAAAGGUCAGCAUCUGUUCACAGGUCUCAUUCAAAGAGCCCCAAGGUCCUGAAUGAUAAUAGAAAAUUUCCUUACCUGCAACCUAUUAUCAUGGAUGAAAAACCCAGUAUUUCAUCUAAAAAGAGGCUGUCUGUGGAGAAAGACCUUGGUGGAUCUAUUGCUUCAGAUGUGUCGCCAUUUUCAAGCGGGAGAAAAGAGCCUGAAAUAUCCGAUCUUAAGCCUGGUGUCAGUAAUAAUUUAAAGAAACCUACAACCCAAAUGGAGGAGGAUAAGAAAACUAGUAGCUCUAAAUCUAAGAAGCGUAAAAGGAGAAGCAUUGCUGGUCUAGCAAAGUGCUCAUAUAGUGUUGACGAGAAUGAUGAACUGGUAGGGUCGAGGAUAAAAGUUUGGUGGCCAUUGGACAGGAAGUUUUAUGAAGGCAUGGUACAAUCUUAUGAUCCUGGAAAGAAGAAACAUACAAUAUUAUAUGAUGAUGGAGAUAUAGAAGUUCUUGAUUUAGACAAGGAGAGGUGGGAGCCUCUCAGUAAUGGUUGCUCGCCAAGAAAGCUGCCGAAGUUAGAAAAUCUGUUGUCAGAUAAAGAACUGUCUGGUAAAAAACCGAAAGGCAAGAGCAAAACCAUCGGUACACAAAAUAAGAACUCUGUCAAGAAGAUUAAAAGGAAGACGACAAAGAAAGAGCCAGUGGGCAAGAACAGGAAUAUGCUAUCUGGAGGCGAUUCGAGUGCAGAUUCUGUUGUUUCUGGAAGCAGUGGAAAUGAUUCUGAUUUGUCGAACGCUCAUCCGAAUUCUAUCUCUGAGGUUGAUGAUGCCAAUUCAGAUGAACCAGAAGAGCAGACGGUGGACGAACAAGUUUCAGAACCCGAAGAAAACACCAAACAAAUGUCAGAUGAUGAGCCAGACAAUCCAAUGGAAGAAGAGAAACCAGAUUCUUCUCAUUCAGCUGACAAGGAAGAUUCCGAGGAUGACGAUGAUGAUCAACCUCUUGGUGCGUGGAAGCAACGGGCCGGAAAAGCAGGCUAAAGCAUAACUCUUUAGACCAUGAACAAGGACAUCGUAGCCGGGUGUUGCCUUGACAUAAUAGCUUUGAUUACUUCUCAACACCGAAAUCUUCAACGAAAUACGACCUUGCGGAACACUGUAAUUUCGCUUACAAAAUAAUGAUAUCAUAGCUUCUGUGCAUAAUGUCGUUACAUCGAUCCUAACAGUCACUGAAUUUCUUUGAAUAUGAAAAAAAAGACUGCCCGAGAUACCGGUCAUCACCGAGUUGGAGCUUGUUCCUGAAACUGAAACCCUAGAUCAAUGACCUUGUUUCUUUAAGAUUGUGCCAAAUUUCUUCUGAACUUUUUAGGGCACUGUUAUGUAUGAACUGUUGUAUGUAUGUCUAUAUACCUAACCAACAAAAAAUAUAUAUUAGUUUGCAUGUUAAGAGUUAGAAGUUGUUGAUGUUUUAGAUCUCAGUGAAUCAAAAUAGAAUUGGUUUGUGAAAAAUAAUUGAAUUUAAAUGUGUUGCUUGUUUGUCACAA